GACACUGCUGCUCCGCUGCAGUCGUUACUGUAGAAUUAGGGAGCACAGCGCCCUCGUGUGGCACAACUCGUGAGGAAAAAAGCGGAAGCCAAACGCUUUUGUCUCCGGCGGGCCACCGUAAUGUUUGGAGGAAACGGACCAGAUUAGCCCCGGUGCGUCUUUUUGUUUCAAGCUAAGAGGAGUCGCACAGAAUAAAUCUGUGCCAUAAAAAGGCGCUCGUAGUUUCACUUUCAGAUUCUAAUUUCAGCCAAGCGCCAUUUAGCGAAACAAAGCCACGCAACUGCGAGGGCGGGGGGGGGCGACAGCGCCACACCUCGUUAACAGCACUCCCACCCCCCACCUCGAUCCGACGAGCUAAUUAAGCUAGCAGCGGUUCGCAGGAUGGCGCACAGGAAAACUUUCAAACUCCUCUGCGGCUUCGCCGGCGGCUCCGCCGUGCUGGUGUUCGCCGCGGCCGCCGCCGACUCCCGCGGAUACUUCGGCGAGCAGAGGAGCGGCGAGCCGGCGGCCGGUCGGUGGUCGAGCUUCGCCGUUCUCCGCGCUGCGCAGCCGGCGUGGACACCAGCCAGCCACACGCCGGCCCCGACCGGACACGCGUGGGACUUCAACUGGGACAAGAGAGACCCGUCCCUGCUGUCCAACGGGAAGAGCAAGAAAGAGAGCGCGACCGAGGGCCCCGGCUCCGAGCAGGACAACGGCAAGCCCAAGGCCACGCGCAACAUCCUCCUCAUCAGACACUCCCAGUACAACCUGAGUGGGAACAGCGACAAGGAGAGGAUCCUCACUCCAUUAGGUCGCGAACAGGCUGAGUUAACGGGCCAGAGGUUGGCGGCACUGGGACUGAAGUACGACGUCUUCAUCCACUCCAGCAUGUCCAGGGCCACGGAGACGGCAAACAUCAUCAACAAACACCUCGCAGACCCUGAACGUCGUACGGGUCCAGGAGUGGAGCUGGUGAGCUGCGAUUUACUGAGGGAGGGCGCACCCAUCGAGCCGGUCCCGCCCGUCACUCACUGGAAGCCCGACGCUGUGCAGUACCACGAAGACGGCGCUCGCAUCGAGGCAGCCUUCCGCCGCUACAUCCACCGGGCCGACCCCAGGCAGAAGGAGGACAGCUAUGAGAUCAUCGUGUGCCACGCCAACGUCAUCCGUUACUUCGUCUGCAGGGCCCUGCAGUUUCCUCCGGAGGGCUGGUUACGCAUCGGCCUGAACAACGGCAGCAUCACGUGGCUCACCAUCAGACCCAGCGGCAGGGUGGCCCUCAGAACUCUGGGAGACUCGGGAUUCAUGCCCCCGGACAAACUAACGCGGACCUGAUGAAACACACACACACACACACACACACACACACACACACACACACACACACACACACAUACACACACCACAUACACACCACAUACAUAUACUCACACACACACACACACAGAGACACACACGUUUCUGGGACUCGGGAUCGGCUGCAGGGUCAAAGUUCAGAUUUCUCCUUAAGUGUCUUGAAAGUUAACUUGUGACGUCGUUUUUGUAUUUGAACUGCCAUCGUAUUUACGAGCGACUCUGGCGUCGGUGGUCGCGGUUCCCUCCGUGCCAUAGGAAGCCAGAAGUGGUUAACAGCUGCGUUCGACACUCCUCCUGAAUGUAAACCGAGGGUUUUUACACGAGUGGCUGAUUUUUAAACCAAAAUAAGUCGUAUUUGUAUAACUGUUGUAAAAAUUUUAAAAAAGCAGUUUGUGCCGUUAGAUGUACACGUUAUUACAGUUUGCUGUAGUUGGGAUUGUGUUGUACAGUGCAGCUGUGGUGAAUAAAAGAAACCGUCACAAA